UUCAGGUGGAAGCAUAUGAAGCUGUAAAGUCUACUAAACAUUUAUUAGUAAUAAACACACUCGAGCAGUUAUGGCGCUUCCUCAGCACGUACCCGUCCAAGUUUUUCCUCAAGAUUUCGCAUGGGGAGCUGCUACUGCCGCGUAUCAAAUAGAAGGUGGCUGGAAUAUGGAUGGUAAAGGCCCCAGCAUAUGGGACACUUUCUGCCAUGCUAAAGGUCGAGUGUUUGAAAACCACUCUGGAGAUGUGGCAUGUAACAGCUACCAGCUUUGGGAUGAAGAUCUGAAGUGUAUUAAACAGCUGGGGCUUACUCACUACCGCUUGUCCUUCUCUUGGUCACGGCUGCUCCCUGAUGGAACCACAAGUUUUGUCAAUCCGAAAGGUGUACAAUAUUAUAACAAGGUGAUUAACGACCUAAUUAGCAAUGCUGUUACGCCCAUGGUCACCCUAAACCACUUUGACCUGCCUCAGGCCCUCCAGGAUGUUGGUGGAUGGAAAUCUCCACAGAUUGCAGACUUUUUUGACAACUACGCCCGGUUUUGCUUUAAGACCUUCGGCGACAGGGUGAAGCUCUGGCUUACGAUAAAUGAGCCAAUUAUUUACGCUAAACUUGGCUAUGAGAAGGGACUUUUUGCCCCAGGCCUCAAGGAGCUUGGAACCUCUGUCUACCUAGUAGCUCACAACAUGCUUCGUGCUCAUGCUAAAGCCUGGCAUAGCUAUGAUGCUCACUUCAGACAUGAGCAGAAAGGGAAGGUGUCUAUAGCUCUUAACAGUGACUGGGCUGAACCUUUGGAUCCAAGCCUUCCUGGAGAUGUAGCUGCCACAAAGCGUUACAUGAAUUUCGAGUUGGACUGGUUUACUUGCCCUUUAUUUGGCACAGGGGACUAUCCAGAGUCCAUGAAGUGCAGGAUUGAGGCCCAGAACCGGGAACUAGGAUUCACUGGGGGUGAACGGUUGCCCAAGUUUUCAGAAGAUGAGCCAAAGCCUUUGGGCACGGCAGAUUUUUUUGCACUAAACUACUAUACAUCACGAAAAGUGAAGGAGAUGACCUCUUGUUCUAGUGAAGUUAGUCUUGCAGGCGACCUGGGAGCUGAGCGUGUAAUGGAUCCCUCAUGGCCAGUGUCUGGGGUGUCCUGGCUUGCUGUGGUGCCUGAAGGACUUCGGAAGUUGCUGAAAUACAUAAAGGAGACCUGCAACAAUCCUGCUGUUUACAUAACUGAAAAUGGCUUCUCACAGGUGGGGCCUGUGGAGCUGGAAGACUCUGACCGCUGCCAGUUUUAUCAGGACACUUUGCUGGAAGUAUCCAAAGCUGUUAGCAAAGAUGGUGUAAAUGUGAGAGGAUAUUUUGCCUGGUCAUUGCUGGAUAACUUUGAGUGGUCAGAUGGCUUCAGCGUGCGAUUUGGUCUCUUUCAUGUGGAUUUCUGCAGCACUGAAUGUAAACGCACUAUGUACCGUUCUGGUAAAGAAUAUAAAGCUAUUAUACAGAGACAUGGUACCAACAUCAAGGUAGAGAGUGGUAAAGGUUCAAAAUGACUGGGAGGAAAAACAAUCACCAAACAGUACUUUUUAAAUACAUGAUUCUUAAAUGGACAAAUACAUGUUUUUUGCUUUGUCAGAUUAAAAUUGUACUUAAUUUCAUAUUGAAAUCACAAGCAUAAAAGCUAAUUAGUAUCAGGCUAUGAGUUUCUCAAAAUUUGAGCAUUAAUUGAGGGUACUGAUUCUACUGGUAUUACAAGACAAAUAUGGAAUUUUAAAUGCUUGGCUGAUCAAUUACAACACUAAAAUUUUCAGCCUGUAAAACUUUAAUAUAUUGACAUGAAUUCCAGAAUAAAUAACUGCUCUGAUUUUGUACAGUUACUAUUCUGUUUAUUAUUUGAUAUUUGAUUAACAGGACAGGCAGGGUAAGUCUGCUUGUGUUUUGUGAUCUUACACUGCCACUAUGUGGUGGAAACUGGUAUCACAGGUACAGAUACAGCUUCUUUAAUAAGUUGCUCUUGGUCCUUAAAGUGGUUGUAUCAGACGAAGAUUCGUCCUGGUUGGUGUAUAAACCAUGAGCUAUCAGUAAGCAAUGAACAGUAUCUACCACAUUACAAACUAGUUAAAAUACCAUUGUACCUAAAAAAAAACAUUGUACAUUGUCAAGUUAUGUGGUUAUUCAUAACGUUUUGAUACAAUAUAAAAUACUGUUGAUGUUUCAUAAUCAUUAAUGAUGAUUUCAUUAUUCAUAAUUCAUCAUUAUUUUUCUAACAGUUAACAUAAGUUUGUAAAGGGAAAUGUAUA